AUGAACGCGCCGGCAUCCUCCACACCUCGAGGCACAGCCCCGACCUCGUCCGCGUCCCCGCUCACCGCGUCGGUGAUCAAGUUUCGCUGCCUCUACACACACGAUCUGCGCCGAAAGUCUAAACGCUGGCAGGAUGGCUACCUUCGAUACCACGCGUUUAACAAACGCGUCAUGGUCUACGAUGAGACCGGGAACUACAUUGGAGAUCACCAUUGGCGGUCCAACGACGAGGUACAGGACGGCGACGAAAUGGAGCUGGAUAAGGGGGCGUUGAUUCAAGUUGGUGAGCGCAUGGGAACCACCCAGACGGAUAUCUCCAGUCUACUUGAGAAGCGAAAGUCCAGUCAAGGUUCCCCGCAGGCGAAUGAUCCCGCAUCCCAGACACCACGUGCCUCGGCGCCUAUCCGGUCCUCAGGCUCAUCGCAACCAUUCCGCUCGUUGAAUGAGCUAUUGGGGAUAAAAAAGACCCCGAUUGGUCAUAUGGUCUCACCGUAUGAAGAACGACAUCCCCCGACGCCGCCUGCGAAUGUCCCCGAAUCGUCCGAAAGAGCACCGAAGCGGCAGAAGGUUUCAUCGGUAGGGAAGGCGCCUGUGACCAAGCGGAAGGUCCAGUCACAGGUUGUAGAUCUGACUAUUCAGGAAGAUGAGCCUUCGGUGACAAGAUCGCCAAACGUUGCUCAAGGGCGGCAAACACCUCGUGAAAGACACCGGGAAGCAAAGCUGCCUAGGAAAGAUGUGGGACAAAAGAAUCAAUCCUCAUCAGUGACUCGAUCUCCAAAUGUGCAGGAGGCGUCAGAACCAGCGAGACCUGACCCCUCUACAUCCUCUAAACCUGCUUUCCCAACCCCAAUUUCAUCGAGAAACUAUUUUUCCAAGCCCGUGUCGCUUGUCGCCCCUAGCGACUCACGAAAUGAACAGUUCGAAGCCCGUAGGACCGCGAGCAUGACGACCAAACCGAAACCACGAGAAAUACCACGAGAAAUACCACGAGAGAUACCACGAGAAGGAGCACAGCCUCGGCAAAGCUUGGGACAAGAACAGCCAACUCUGCCAGAGGAUAUACCACAAAAGACAGCAGAAUCACCAAAUCCAAUGCGAUCUAAUCCCCCGACAUUUGCAAAACCAGCCUUGCCAUCCUCCCUGGAUUCAUCUCAAAGCCGCCCUCCAAGGCCAAUCCUGUCAGUAGCAGCCAAAGACGGGCAGAGUGAGCAGUCUGAGGAUGGCAAAGUCGCCGGUCGCACCGUUCCACCUACGGAUAAGCCAACGCCCAAAUUACCUAGAGGCCCAGUCAAUACUCUGCGUAUUUCGAGUGGGAAACCACGUCGGAAGUUGAUGUACAGCGCCCUUCUACCCGGUGAUUCGCAGAGCUCAGCACCGGGGCUAUCCUCAUCUUCGCCGAGGAGCCAAAGUCAACCGGUACUCAAACCCGAGGAUUCUCAACCAGCUCUGGCUCCGCUUCAGGAGAUUGAGUCUACGAAUGCAGAGUUCAUGCCUUCCGACUCCACCCAAUUCAUUCUGGACGAGAUGAUAGCUCCAAACCUGGAGACUAGCCUCGCGCGAAAGACAACUAAUCCGGCGAGUGUUCGUCAAAAUCCACUCCUGCAGAGGAAACUGCCAACGAAGAGAGCUCUUGAUGCGCCUUUCCGUAAAUCACUUUCAGACCCGACUGUCUUGACAACUACCCAGACGCGACCGACAUUGACCCGGAGCGCACUGAGCGCAGUUCCCGAGCAACAUGAGGCUGUCGAAGCAGGUCCCUGGACCUCAGAAGCUUUAGACUUGUUUGACUUUUGGCCGCCUGGACGGCCAAAACCCAGCUGCAUGGAUUAA